AUGAACAUCCUGGACGUGCUGACCAAGCUGACCCUGUUGUUCCUCCACUUGACCCUGGCCUCUGCUCCCAUGGACCCCAUUAAGGGCAUCCUCUUGGGCUUCUUCACCGGCAUCGAGGUGGUGAUCUGUGCCUUAGUGGUGGUCAGGAAGGACACAACCUCAUACACCUACCUGCAGUACAGCGGUGUGGUCACUUGGGUGGCCAUGGCCACACAGAUCCUGGCAGCCGGCCUGGGCUGUGGCCUCCUUGGGGACGGCAUUGGCUAUGUGCUCUUCACGCUUUUUGCAACCUACAGCAUGCUCCCGCUACCACUCACCUGGGCCAUCUUGGCUGGGCUGGUCACCUCUGUCCUGCAGCUCGUCAUGCAGCUGGUUAUCCCCAGGCUGGCCGUGACGUCCCUCAACCAGAUAGCGGCUCAGGCAGUGUUAUUUAUGUGUAUGAACACCGCAGGAAUCUUCAUUAGCUACCUAUCAGACAGAGCACAACGUCAAGCCUUCCUGGAGACCAGAAGAUGUGUAGAAGCCAGACUGAGACUAGAGACAGAAAAUCAGCGACAGGAACGGCUGGUGCUCUCUGUCUUACCACGGUUUGUAGUCCUGGAAAUGAUAAAUGAUAUGACCAAUGUAGAAGAUGAACAUUUGCAACACCAGUUUCAUAAGAUCUACAUUCAUCGUUAUGAGAAUGUCAGCAUUCUUUUUGCAGAUGUUAAAGGAUUCACCAACCUCUCCACAACUCUGUCAGCCCAGGAGUUGGUCCGUAUGCUGAAUGAACUGUUUGCCAGAUUUGAUCGACUAGCACAUGAACAUCACUGUCUCAGAAUAAAGAUCCUGGGGGACUGCUACUACUGCGUGUCGGGGCUCCCAGAACCUCGCCAGGACCAUGCACAUUGCUGUGUUGAAAUGGGGCUCAGCAUGAUCAAAACUAUCAGAUACGUUAGGUCAAGAACGAAGCAUGACAUUGACAUGAGAAUAGGGAUACAUUCGGGAUCUGUUCUGUGUGGAGUGCUGGGCCUGCGAAAGUGGCAGUUUGAUGUCUGGUCAUGGGACGUGGAUAUCGCAAACAAACUCGAGUCAGGUGGAAUUCCUGGGAGAAUUCACAUCUCCAAAGCCACUCUGGACUGCCUGAACGGGGAUUAUAAAGUUGAAGAAGGGCAUGGAAAAGAGCGUAAUGAAUUCUUGAGGAAACAUAAUAUUGAGACUUAUUUAAUUAAACAACCCGAGGAGAGUCUGUUGACUUUGCCUGAAGAUAUUGUGAAAGAGGCUGUCAGCUCCUCUGACAGGAGAAACAGUGGAGCAACAUUUACCGAAGGAUCUUGGAGCCCUGAACUUCCAUUUGACAACAUAGUGGGAAAACAGAACUAUUCACAAAUGCGGGAUGAAGUAUUCAAAUCAAACUUGGUGUGUGCAUUUAUUGUUCUUGUAUUUAUCACCGCUAUCCAAAGCUUACUUCCUUCUUCCAGGGUAAUACCAAUGGUCAUUCAGUUUUCUAUUCUGAUUAUGCUGCACUCCGCUCUUGUGCUAAUCACUACGGCAGAGGAUUACAAAUGUUUACCCUUAAUGCUCCGGAAAACUUGCUGCUGGAUUAAUGAGACCUACUUGGCCAGGAAUGUCAUCAUAUUUGCAUCCAUUCUGAUUAAUUUUCUUGGAGCCAUCAUCAAUAUUCUAUGGUGUGAUUUUGACAAACCAGUUGCUUUGAAGAACCAGACGUUCAAUUCAUCUGCAUCUUUUACGGACAUCUGUUCCUAUCCUGAGUAUUUUGUCUUCACUGGUGUGCUGGCAAUGGUGACUUGUGCAGUCUUUCUUCGUCUCAACUCUGUCCUGAAGCUGGCAGUACUCCUCAUCAUGAUUGCGAUCUAUUCUCUGCUGACUGAGACCAUUUAUGCUUCCCUUUUCCUGCAAUAUGACAACUUUAACCACAAUGGAGACACAGACUUCCUGGGUACAAAGGAGGCAUCUUUGCUACUGAUGGCAAUGUUCCUUUUAGCCGUAUUUUAUCAUGGUCAACAGCUUGAAUACACAGCAAGGCUGGAUUUUCUGUGGCGUGUUCAAGCAAAAGAAGAAAUCAAUGAAAUGAAGGAGUUAAGGGAGCACAAUGAAAAUAUGCUACGGAAUAUUUUACCCAGUCAUGUUGCCCGUCACUUCCUGGAGAAGGAUCGGGAUAAUGAAGAAUUAUACUCUCAGUCCUAUGAUGCUGUUGGUGUGAUGUUUGCUUCUAUUCCUGGAUUUGCUGACUUCUAUUCCCAGACCGAGAUGAAUAACCAAGGAGUAGAAUGUCUGCGCUUGUUGAAUGAAAUCAUUGCAGACUUCGAUGAGUUACUAGGUGAAGAGAGAUUUCAAGAUAUUGAAAAAAUUAAAACGAUUGGGAGCACAUACAUGGCCGUGUCAGGAUUAUCACCUGAAAAACAGCAAUGCGAAGACAAAUGGGGGCAUUUGUGUGCUCUGGCUGACUUCUCCAUAGCUCUGAAUGAAAGCAUACAGGAGAUCAACAAGCAUUCAUUUAACAACUUUGAACUCCGUAUUGGGAUUAGCCAUGGCUCUGUUGUAGCAGGAGUUAUCGGUGCUAAGAAACCCCAAUAUGACAUCUGGGGCAAAACGGUUAAUUUAGCAAGUCGAAUGGACAGCACAGGUGUUAGUGACAGAAUACAAGUGCCUGAAGAAACGUAUCUGAUCCUGAAGGACCGAGGAUUUGCCUUCGACUACCGAGGAGAGAUUUAUGUCAAAGGUAUCAGUGAACAGGAAGGAAAAAUCAAAACAUAUUUUCUUCUAGGAAGAGUUCAACCAAAUCCUUUAAUCUUACAACCAAGAAAACUGACUGGACAGUAUUCAUUAGCAGCUGUUGUAUUAGGACUUGUACAGUCUCUUAACAGGCAAAAACAGAAGCAAAUCCUUAAUGAGAACAAUAACUCUGGAAUCAUAAAAGGACAUUACAACCGGAGGACUUUGCUCACUCCUGGUGGAUCUGAGGCAGCAUCCCAGGCAGAGGGGGCUGAAAAAACUGAAUUGCCAUAA